AUGGAUAAGAGGAAGAAAGGAUCGCCAACAGAACUGAGGCUCAUGGUGGUCGGCAGCAGUGGACCUUCGCAGUGUCUUGUAACAAAUGCCAUACUUGGGAGGGAAGUGUUUUCUAAGGAUAUCACCAGUAUCUCUGACAGCAAGAAGAACACUGGAGAGCUGGCUGGUAGACGAGUGGCUGUGAUCAAUGGACCAAACAUCUAUGACAAGGAUAUAUCUCGUGCCAAAAGAAAGAUGGAGCUGAGAAGGUCCAAGUGCUUGUGUAUUCCUGGCCCCCAUGCUUUUCUUGUUACCUUUGACAUGGAGAAAAUCUCCCCGAAUGAAAUGAGAACCCCAGAACUGAUGAGGGAACGCUUUGGAAGACACUGUCUGAGGCACUGCAUGGUCCUGCUGGCUUAUGAAGGAAACCUGGAGGGAGCUGCCGUAGAGGACAAGGUGCAAAAGAGUGACUGGCCCCUGAGAGAAUUGAUUGAGAAAUAUGGUGGACGCUGUCACGUUUUCACCAAGAACUGGAGAGACCGAACCCGGGACAGGGUGCUGCUGCAGAAGAUCGAGAGGAUGUUGGCUUCUUUAGGAGGAGGCUUCUUCUCCAGCAGCACUUUCCAGAAGGCAGAGGACUCAGUAAAGAAGGAGGAGAGGAGGCUCAGGAAGCAGAGGGCAGCAGAGAUAGAAAAGGCAUGGACGGAGAUGGAGAAACUAUACAUGGCAGAGGAGUUGUACCACCAGAAGGACGCCUACACCACUAGUGUUGGCGCUGAGAUCAGAGCCAUGGCAGAGAUGGACAACGGGUGGCUCAGAACUUCCCUGGCAAGAGGACUGGGGACAGGUUUUGUUGUGGGAGCUGUCAUGGGAGCACUGUUUGGGUCCAUAGAGGGGCCAGGAGGGAUGGUGCUGUAUGGGAUCAUAGGAGGUGCAGUGGGUGGAUCAGCAGGAGGAACAGCACAGGUAGCUAUAGAGCAUAUGGAGGCCAGAGUGGCUCCUCCAGCCAGACUCAACUUUAACUCAAUCUUCAUCAAUCGCUUCUUUGCAACUCCUCGUCCAUGA